CCGGUGCUACGGAAGUGUUCGCACGCGCGGUCUUCAUCAUCUCUCCCCCGACGACUUCGUCAGACUCGCUCGCACCUGGAAAAUCGGAUGACCUAACACAGAACGAAAGAGUGAAAAAGGAAAAAAAAAUGUUACGGUAUACAAUCAUGGGAAAACUACGUAAAAUUGUGUAGCGGUGAUUUUAUUUUUGUUUUUUUUUUUGGUAGCGACAGUUCUGAAAAUGAAACCGGAUGGAAUCGAGCGAUGUUUAUGAAAAGAAGUGAAAACUAGACAGCCUUAAUACCACGUCUAAAAAAAAAGUGCACUGUUUAUAAAGUGACGUUGAAUGCCUUGGGGUCGAGAAGAUUCCGUAGACGCAGGACCCGACGGCACGAUUCGUCGCUAAUUCUUCGUUUCGCCUCGGGAUACGAUUGGCGCGUUCCACCGGAAACAUGUCGACGACGGAGGCGGCUAUAUCCGCCAAAAGGCUGGCUUUCGCGGCCCUCUUCGCUAUAGUCGCUGUUGGGAUAGUCCCGUUCGGCACGUGCACGUCUCCACGACCGCCCAAGUUCGUGGCGACGAUCCCCAACGUGACAGUGACCGCCGGGAGAGACGCGUCGCUGCCCUGCGUCGUCGAGAACAUCGGGGACUACAAGGUCUCCUGGAUGCAUCUGGACCGAGUGAUGCUGCUGACGAUCGACGAGAACGUGAUCACGCUCAUCCCCAGGUACCGGGUCACGAAGGACGACUCCACGACCUGGACCCUGCACAUCGAGAACGUCAGCCCGGACGAUACCGGGUAUUACGUGUGCCAGGUCAACAUGGAACCCGUCAUCAAUCAAGUGGGUUACGUCCAGGUGGUCGUGCCGCCCAAGUUCGUGGACGAGGAGAGCAGCCAGUCCCACGUCUCAGUCCAGGAGGAGAACGACGUUCGCCUCAUGUGCAGGGCAGAGGGCGUCCCGAAGCCGAAGAUCCACUGGAAGAGAGAGGACGAGAAGCCCUUCUCCAUUAAGGGCCCCCAGAACAACGAAGUUAAGCAGAUAGAGUCGGAGGAGCUGGUGCUGAAGAAAGUCACGCGCAAGGACAUGGGGGCCUAUCUCUGCAUCGCCUCCAACAAGGUGCCGCCUUCUAUUAGCAAGAGAAUCGUCCUGGACAUUCAGUUCCAGCCAGUCAUAACGGUGCCCAACCAGCUGGUUGGGGCGCCGAUCGGCACCUCGGUGACCCUGGAGUGCCAAGUGGCCGCCUUCCCCAACGCCGUCCACUUCUGGAGCUUCAGCGACCAGCUGCUGAUCAACUCGACCCGGCAGGAGACCCAGGAGAUCAGGGAUGGUUACACCACCGUCAUGAAGCUCUCCUUGAGGAACCUGCGGCCGGAGGACUUUGGCACCUACGUCUGCACCGCCAAGAACUCCCUCGGGGAAGCCGCCAGCAACGUCAGACUGUACGAAAUCCUGAUGAAGAUCAAACCAGACGAAGAUCACAACAAAGAGAAGAACCACAUUGAACCAAUUCUUCGACCCGAGCAUCGCAGCGACGAGAGAUUGGUGGACCCAUGGCUUCGCCCAGACAUCGACUCGGACAUUCCAGGCUACCAGGUGGAAGAGAACAACUUCAUCCACGGUGGGGGGAGCGGCGGCCCCCCCAACCCCUUCAGCGGCCGCCCCUCGGGAGCCAGCCGAAGCCCCGGCGGCUCCACCAGCAGCGGCCGGAGCAACGGACUGGCGGCCGGUAGCGGCGGAGAGCUUUCCAGGUCGGCGGCGCUGGGCUGGAAGGUCCUGUGGGCGUCCUCCUCCUUCGCCUACCUCCUGUCUCCAGUUCCCUCGGAUUCCAGGGCGGUCUUCCUCUGGUUGUGGGCGGUGUUGGGCAUCGUCGUCGUCGUCUUCUGCCAGGGCGCUCUCAGUGCUGUCGCCCUUGGAAGCUACGCCGGUGCGGCGGAUACCCCGCGCGCUCACGGCCACGCCCACUUCGGGGUCCACACCUGACAGACACACGGCUCCUCCGAGUUCUAAGGAUCUUCUUCUUCUUCUUCUUCUUCUUCUUCUUCGAGUAGUAUCUUUCUGUCAGAGGCGGUUCGAGUCGGUCUAGGCCAGUCUUGAGUCGCCUAGAACUUCCCCUUGUUACUCUCUCUCUCUCUCUCUCUCUCUCUCUCUCUCUCUCUCUCUCUCUCUCUCU